UGCCCGGACCCCAUCGCUACCCCGGUUAGCAGCAGGCUGCGGGAGGUGUGAGGAGGGUAGGGAAGGUUGCCAGGGGGAACCCAGGCAAAGCCAAAACGAAGCUCCACCAAAAGCAAGGAGCAGAAAUGAAAGUUUCGAAAUAGCAUCCAAACAACCGCAAAGGACCGGACCAAAGAGAGCUCUCCGCGUCGCAUCAGCCCUCGAUGGUGCAUUCCAGGGGCUGCAUCAGGGAUGUGAACGUCCCCGGCCCGCUGCAUGGAGAGGGGUAAAGACACAGAAAAUCCUUGUUAUUUAUUUAUUUAUUGGAAGCAAUGUAUGGGUGACACCCAGCAGGCAUCUGAGCCCUGAAAAAAAAAAAAAAACACAACACCUCUGGACCCAAACGAGAACAAGAAGAAUGAGACAGCAGCCUUGACCCCUGCACUGAGAGGAAGGUGAGCAGAAAGAAAGAAAAUACAGAAAAGCCAUGCAAGCACCAAACCUGUAGAUUACUGCAGCUCCUUUUUGAUUCACUGAGGACAGAUAUUUUACUGACAGCCAUGCAGCAUAAAGGCAUCAUGCUGAUUGUGUUCUUGGAAUAUUUUAUUUCUGGCCAUGGGGAAGCAGAUCCCAUGAGGCUACGAGCCUUCCGCUGUAAUGGCCGUUCUUGCAACCCUCCAGUGGGAAACCUUGCAACAGGGAGGACACCAGUCACUCUCACCACGUGUGGCCAGAACAGUACAGAGCUGUACUGCUUCUACCCAGACCAGAAUCUCCUCCAUCAGGUCUCCUAUGGCUGUGGGCAGCCUCGCUGCACCAAAUGCAAUGCCAACCAGCCUGAUAACUCCCAUCUCCCUUCUGACAUGACAGAUGAUUUCUUUGCAAACCCCAUCUCCUGGUGGCAGUCUGCCCAAGGGGUACACAGGGAAGAAAUCAGACUGGACUUUGAAACAGAAUUCUACCUGACACAUGUCAUUGCUGUGUUCAAGUCACCUCGCCCAGCUGCGAUGGUGUUGGAAAGAUCCCAGGACUAUGGGCAGACUUGGAGGCCCUACAAGUAUUUCUCUGUCAACUGCACAGCGACUUUUGGGCUCCAGGAUGAUCUCACUGAGGAGGGCUCCAUGUGCACUUCCAGGUAUUCAGAUGCAGUGCCCUGCACCAGAGGAGAGGUGAUUUAUCGUGCCUUAAGUCCGGCUAACAAGAUCGAAGACCCCUAUAGUCCUGAGGCUCAAGAUCUCCUGAAACUCACCAACCUCCGCCUCCUUUUGUUAAAAAGACAGGAAUGUCCAUGCCAUGGUUCGGGAUUGGUAGAGAAACCUCAGAGAUUUGCCCACUAUGCUAUUUAUGACCUGAUCAUCCGGGGAAGCUGCUUUUGCAAUGGGCAUGCAGAGGAAUGCGAGCUUGCCAACAGGACAGGAGUCAUGGAGAACGUGGUCCACGGGAAGUGUGUGUGUAGACACAACACAGCAGGGGACCACUGUGAGAAAUGUGCACCACUAUACAACGAUCAGCCUUGGAAGCCAGGAGAUGGAAAAACAGGGGCGCCAAAUGAAUGCAGAAAGUGUCGCUGUCACAACCAUGCUGAUAGCUGCCAUUUUGAUCUGAGUGUUUGGCUGGCAUCAGGAAAGCGCAGUGGUGGAGUCUGUGACAACUGCAAGCAUAACACAGAGGGACAUCGGUGUCAAAGGUGCAAACCGGGGUAUUACCGAGAUAGAGGGAAACCCAUGUCUUCUACAGAGGUCUGCAAACCUUGCGCCUGCCAGCCAAUGGGUUCAGCCGACGCAACUUUCAGCAGAAGCUGGCGAUGCCACCCCAAGACGGGAUUCUGCUACUGCAAGCCAGGUGUGGCGGGCCCCAACUGCGAUAGAUGUCUCAUGGGCUACUGGGGCUUUGGAGAAAAUGGCUGUCGCCCUUGUGACUGUGCCAGAGACUGCGACCAGCAUACUGGAAACUGUUUCAAUGGCUAUGACAAUGAGCCAUUCUUUAACAUCCCCAUUGGGGGACGAAUCCCUGACCUUGUGCAAACACCAACCAACGAGAGCGAAGAGGAGUGGAAAUGGAAUGACCAUGAGCAGGGAUUUUCUGCACUGAGGCACCCAGAAAAGUGUGUGUGCAAAGAAAAGGUGCUUGGAAGCGUCACUGACUUCUGCCAAAUGAAAUAUGCUUAUGUGAUAAAAGCAAGAAUCCUAUCAGCUCAUGACAAAGGGACCCAUGCAGAAGUUGUUGUGAAAGUGAAGAAGGUCCUGAAAUCAGGCAAAGUGAAAAUUGCUCGGAGCAACAGAAGCAUUUACCCAGAAUCCUGGACCAACAGGGGAUGUACAUGUCCCAUUCUCAAUCCUGGUACUGACUAUCUUAUAGCAGGCCAGGAGGACUCUAGGACCAGCAAACUCCUUGUGAACAUGAACAGCCUGGUGAAACCCUGGAAAGCAUAUUUGGGAAAACAAGUAUCAGAUAUUCUUCGAACUGGGUGCAAAUAAUUUCUGCUUCAGAAGUUACAGUGCUGAACUUUGCCUUUUAGUAACACUGCAGUGAAAGGUGUAGUUAGUUCAUGUGUUCCCAUUCAACAUGCUCCUAGCUGAAGUGAUGAAAGCAGAUUUACCAUCCUUUCUCCUUUCAUGUGCUUAGACAGGAAACUUGGGACAUGACUACUUUUUUCAAAAAAUGCACAGCCUUAUCAUACAAAAUUAACUAGUGCAUCAUGCAUAGGUUACAGGUCAGUUCUUAAUUUCAGCCUGAUUCCACGCAGCCAGAGAAUCAUUUUACAAGGCAAAACUAAAGAUAUGGAUUAGUGUUUCCAUACUUCAGGUCAGAGCCUGAUAUUAAUAUGCAUAAGCUGCUUACAUAACGCAUUAAUUACUUGGGUGUAGUUUUCUUUAUAAGUGACCACUAACAGGCAGCAAUUUCUUUCAGCUUUACAAGUGGCAUAAUACUAAACAAGCACAUCAAAUAAUACUUAUUUAAAAGAGCUCAGAUUGAUUUAACAUCAGGCUGCAAAUAUGCCUAUAGUACAGGCUGCUUUCUAGAAGGCAAUAUUAUUCCAUUGCUGAACAGAACAAACUAACACGUGACUUAUCUUGGGACAAGGUCCUUUAUAGAUGUACAUUGCUGUGCUUAGUGCUGAGGUCUGUUGCAGAAAGCACCUUGGCUCAAACUUGAUUCCAAAUCCAACCUUUGCUCUUUAAGGUCAUUUUGCUCUUUGCUGUAGUACUUUAGUCUGUAACACCACAAAGGUUUCACAGUGAUUACCACUAAAAAGCCUUAUGCUAGGAAAGAGCCAAAACAUGCGAGGAACUAGUAGCUGCUCUAACGUUGAGAUUUUAACACUACAAAAGCUACAAGGCAGAAGCAGGAGGAGGUAAAUGGAUUGGCUGGACUGUGUAUUAAAUGAGGUAGCUAUAGUUACUGUGAGAGCAACCUGGCUAUUCAAACUGUGCUCAAGACCACUGGCUUUUGAUUGCACUUAGCGCUUUCGUUCUGCUUUAUUUCUCCUGGUCACACUUCACGUUAAGAUACUGAAGCUAGGCUUCCUUCCCAUUGUGCCUGAGGAUUAUUUUUUCCCUCCACAGAAGUAUAGGAGCGGUAAUAUCUUCACUCUAAGUAAAAAUAGUUCUGUUCUGCAAAAGCAUUCUUUCUAAAUCAAUUAUACCCUACCCUAUAGUAAUUAAGAGGUAGUUACUUAAAUCAUUCCCUACCACAAUAUUUUGAGGAAAGUGUAGUUUAAGACCUGUGUCCCGUUUAAGGACUCACGAUCAAAUGAAGCUGGUUGGAGCACAUUCCCUCAUCAAGUAAAGCAGGAAUUUUAAUGAGUCAGUCUAUUCUUUCAGGGGGUUACAGAGAAAAAGCACGCACACGUGCUACUUUUGCAUAUUUCUAUUCCAUGUCUAUAAUUUUUUAAUGCUCUCAGGAAAGAGGAGAUAUCUUCAUUUAGCACUGACUGGCGCACAGAGUAUCUACAAAAACCUAAUACUAAUGCAGAAGGAUGGAAGUCCCAGUCUACAACUUAAGCCAUCAGUUUGUUCUCUUUAUCACUGGGAACCUGAAAAACCAGCUUCUUUCAUUCCAUUUGUCACUGUUUUCCUUUUAACUUCAUAUUGGUUGAACAGCAGAAAAAUCCUCAGCUCAUUUGGAAAUGGGUGACAGGCAGAUAUUUACAAAAUAAAAGCCCCACUUUUCUCCCAACAGUGCAUAAACAGUGUUUCUUCCUCCCCUCUUUUCAGAAAGUCUCCCCUCCUCCAUUGCCAUUGCUUUCCCUCUUUCACUUCAUUAUUUAUUUGUUGUUACCUAAAGUGGUAUCCAACAAUGUGGCAUCUCCAACAAGCCAUUUAAUUAAUGCAAUAAAACACUUUUUAACCAAGGAAUUUGGCUUAAUUUGAAGUGUCAGCUUACAGAAGUUAAGAGCAUAGCAACUGCUUUCUUCACUGUCUCCAGAAAUCAUCUCACAACAAAAAGAUUGACUAGUUCUUUUUCAAAUAUCAAUAAAAAUAAAGAUGUGUACCUGAAUUUACAGUCUGUUCUCAAAGGGGGGGCCUCUCAGAAUAAAUGAAUAUCAAGUGUAGGUUUAGAACUAAGCUGAGGAACAUGCUUUUCAACACAGGC